AUGGGCCAGGCAUUCGGGCUAAGGGGGAACAAAGUGACCAUAGGUCACAUCGCGACGGUCAUCAUACCCGCCUACAUCUGCUUCGGGUACCUGAACGCGGUGUCCAGCGGCAUCGUCAACCGACAGUCAUGGGUGGAUACCUUCCCCCAGCUCGACACGGUGAACACCACUGGAGCCACGAACGCCGAGAACUCCAGGAUCGAGGGCACGGUGGUGGCUCUCUUCAACCUGGGGUGUCUUUUCAGUGCCAUCGCCUGUAUCGGGGUCGGUGAUCGCCUGGGCAGGAAACGAACCUUCAUGCUGGGGUUGGCGAUCACGAUUGUUGGCUCGAUUCUUCAGAGUACGGCCUUUGUGCUGGCACACCUGAUUGUCGGGCGGUUCAUCACCGGGCUGGGAUUCGGCGCGGUGACAGCUACAGGGCCGAAUUGGCAAAGCGAGACCACUACCCUCAAGCUUCGAGGCUUUAUUGUGAUGCUUCAAAGCGGGUUCCUGGCCAUCGGUCUGGCCGUGGCGGGUUGGCUAGAAUAUGGCCUCGCCUUCGCUGAGGGCUCCGUCGUCUGGCGCCUGCCGCUCGCUCUUCCGUGCCUCCUCUGUCUGAUAUCUCUAAUAUUCACCCCCUUUUGGCCAGAAUCGCCAAGAUGGCUCAUCAAAGUAGGUCGGAUCGACGAGGCCCGCGAAGUGCUAGCCAUCCUUCUCGACGAGUCUCCCACGAGUGAUGCAGUGGGCUCUUUUCAGGACAUCUUUCGAAACGGGCCGUCACGCUUCGGUAAUCGGGCUUUCAUUGCCAUUGCCACGCAAAUGGCGCAGCAAAUGUGCGGGCAGAACGCCAUCACUUUCUAUCAAAGUACCAUCUUCAAGGAAUUUCUCGGCAUGGAUUCCAAGCUAGCGCUGCUCAUGUCAGCCGUGCUGUUUACCUGGAAAAUCCUAAUCAGCCCCUUCGGCGCCCUCACCGUCGACAAAGCCGGCCGACGGAAGCUGCUGAUCCUCUCCUUCGUAGGAAUGGGCAUCUGCAUGGCGGUUAUGGCGGGCUGUAUGUCUCAGAACAGUAGCAACAAGGCAGCCAUGGACACCGCCGUGGUUUUCAUCUUCAUCUACGUGUUCUUCUAUGUCACCGGAUGCAUCGGGUUGACUUACCUCUACUGUUCAGAGAUCGCGCCUCUUGCCGUCCGAACCCAGAUCACCGGCAUGUCGACCGCCUCCUCGUGGACGUUCAACUUCCUCGUCGUCGAGGUUACCCCAAGUGGCUUCAGCUCUCUGGGUUGGAAGUACUUUCUGGUCUAUGCGGCGAUUAACCUUGUCCUUCUUGUGCCGAGUACGUCCCACUCUUCGUUGAUUUUGUUAUGGCUCAUUAUCCCGCACGCCCCCUUGAGCGCAUCGUCUUCGGUACUGCUAGUGUCAUUUUCAAAGCGAGGCUAA